AUGUGCCAAGACACCCCUGCAAAUGUGGACCGCGAAGACCAGCUGGUCGCCGAUGAGCCUGUCGAAACUGACAGCGAGGCGGACCUCGAGAGUCUGCUGUCCGAGACAACGAGUAUAAAAUCUUCCAUGCUUCAGUAUCGUCAGGAAAAUGGCAGAACCUACCACAAGUAUAAAGAUGGACAAUACUUUGUUCCCAAUGACGAGACGGAAAUCGACAGACUUGAUAUGCAGCAUGAGAUCUUCUACCUAACGUGGGACGGUAAACUCGGCGUCACUCCGCCGUGUGAGCCCGACGCCAAAGUUGGUCGUGUUCUUGACCUCGGUACCGGUUCUGGACUUUGGGCCAUCGAGUUUGGCGAUUUGCACCCUGAAGCCGAGGUACUCGGUACGGACCUCUCGCCCACCCAGCCCUCGGAGGUUCCUCCAAAUGUCAAGUUUGAGAUUGAUGAUUUCGACGAGGACUGGCUCUACUCGCAGCCAUUCGACUACAUCCACAGCAGAAUUAUCAAUGGAGGAGUCGGUGAUUGGAAGAAGUUGAUCAAGAAAGCAUACGAUAACCUCCAGCCCGGUGGUUGGUUUGAGAUCCAGGAGUCAGAGUUCUCCCCGGCCGCCGACGAUGGGACGUUGCCGCCGGAGAAGGCAUUGUCCAGAUUCGCCGUGCUAGUUCGCGACGCCGUAAAGGCCUUUGGCCGGCCCUUUGUCGAGGUUCCUACCCUGAAGGACAUCCUGACAGAGGUCGGGUUCGAGGACGUGGCCCUCACCCGCUACAAGUGGCCGACAAAUCCCUGGCCCAAGGACCCUAAGCAUAAGAGAAUCGGCGAAUGGAACUUCCAUAACUUUGCGGGUGCGGUCGAGACCAUGGCACUGGCGCCGCUGACCCGCGUGCAUGGUUGGACCAAGGAGGAGGUCUUAGUGUUCUCUGCCGAGGUGCGGAAGGAUCUUAGGGAUCCCAAGGUUCAUGCCUACUUCCCCAUUUACACGGUUGUGGGCAGGAAGCCGUUGAAAGCGGCCACUCCGGCAGCAGCCACCGAGACCGCUCCGGCUGAAACCUCAGCUUGA